GCAAACACCCUCAUUGGUCCAAAGGUUUUUCUGACCAAGCCGGGCAGCGAUAUCAGAGAGACCCGGAGCGUCUACUGGUGCCUUUUAAGACCACUUAGAGAGGAUAAAUGAACGUACUACCUAUGCAUAACCCGAUCCAAGUCAACCAUGGGGAUUAUUUCCUGCCAGUCGGCUCUUGUAGUUCUAGUUGUUUUAGCCCUCACUACGAUCGGCUCCACUGAGGCCAAGGCAACACAGAAACCCAAGUACCAGUACACAAAGAAGCCCAUCCCUCAUGUCACAGCGCAGAACCCAGUUACUACCAGCAUCCCCAAGACCCUCAAGAUCGUGCCCACCCCCAACCCUGUGCAGCCCCAGCCGCAGCCCAUCACGGAGAGGUCCAUCUAUUCAAGCCACUCCUUCCCACACUCCCACAGCCAGCGCACUGAGCCCCCUGGUGUUGGACCUGAGAAUUACACGCUGGAUUACAACGAGUGCUACUUCAAUUUUUGUGAAUGCUGUCCUCCUGAAAGGGGCCCCAGGGGCCCAAAGGGAGACAGGGGCUUGGAAGGGCUACCAGGGGAAAGAGGCCCGGCAGGAUCACCAGGUUUACCUGGACAGCCAGGUUUCAGUGGUCCUAUAGGCUUCAAAGGAGACAAAGGGGAUAAAGGCGACAGAGGCUACGGUGGGCCAACUGGAGCACCUGGGAUUCCUGGGAAACCAGGACAAAAAGGUGAUGUUGGCUACAAAGGUGAAAAGGGGGAAAUUGGGUUGCAAGGUCUCAAAGGAGAAAGUGGGGAGAAAGGAGAGCCGGGUCACAAUGGGACCACCGGUGAGAAAGGAGAACCAGGACCAGAGGGGCCAGUUGGACCUCCAGGUGGGGCUCUUCAGGAGGGUCCUAAGGGAGAGAAGGGGGAUAAAGGGGAGUGUGGAAUAUUUGGAGAGAGAGGACCAAAAGGAGAGCGCGGGGAACCUGGGGCUCCCGGUGUUCCAGGUGGCAUGGGGAUUCCAGGUCUGAAUGGAAAACAUGGUGCUCCUGGCCCUGUAGGCCUAAGAGGAGAUCAGGGACCUCCUGGACCUCCGGGAGAACCAGGGAUGAGAGGGCCUUCUGGACCAGAAGGCAUACGAGGGAUGCCUGGGCCAAAAGGGGAUAGAGGUUACACCGGGAUGAGAGGUGAGCGGGGAUUUCGUGGAUUUAAAGGAGCAAAAGGAUGGAGUCUUCCUCAGAAACGAUCUGCAUUCAGCGUUGGUAUCUCCCCAAGAAAAUCCUUCCCUCCCUCUGGGUUCCCCAUCCGCUUUGACAAAAUAUUCUACAACGAACAGGACCACUUCAAUGUUUCUUCCAACCGCUUUACAUGCGUCCACCCAGGGGUUUAUGUCUUUUCCUUCCACAUCACUGUGCGUACCCAACCUCUGCGAGCCUCACUGGUGGUUAACGGGUCACGGAGGGUGAGGACGCGGGACUCGUUGUAUGGACAGGACAUUGACCAAGCGUCCACUCUGGUGCUACUGCGUUUGGCAGCGGGGGAUCAAGUAUGGAUGGAGACGCUCAGAGACUGGAAUGGGAUGUAUGCCAGCAACGAGGAUGACAGCAUCUUCUCUGGGUUUCUGCUUUACUCUGACAAACCUUGAUAUGCCAAAAACCUGCUCUUCCACUGAACCGCUCCACAAAAACCCCCAAAACUUGUGAUGAGCUACACAUACUUUGGUGUGUUUGUUCCUAAUCUGACUUUUUGUGUCUCUUAAACAAAAGACUGUUUGAGGACUCUGCUAAAGUUUGAUCUGCAGUCCUGGUGGACUUUGGGCUUAAAAUAAUAAAGAUAAAUUUCAAAUCAAUAACUUAACAAAAAAGAUUCAAAGGACACAAUGAAAUAAAAGCAGUAAAACUAAAGAACGUAAAAUAUGCUACAAUACCCAGAGACUCCAAGUCUUCUUCUAUUCCUUUCGGCUUUUCCCUUCAGGGGUCGCCACAGUAAAUCAGCUUAAUCGCAGGUCUGAUUCGCAUAUUUUUUUUUAUGUCAGAUUUCCUUCCUGACAUAACCUUCUGUUAAUGGGCUUGGGACCGGCUCAAUGAGACCUUGAUUCAGCCCCCUUGUGGACAAAACUCAAAAAAUAGCUAAAAAAUAAAAGAAUUCCUAUAAUAAUAAUAAUAAUAGCAAAUUUGGACUAUCACACAAAACACUAUUUUUUGUGAUAUUUAUGCAAUUUUGUGUACAGGGUGUGUUUUCUGCUGACCAAAAAUAUUUAGAUAAUACUACUUAUAUUUAGACCUCACGAGACUUGUUAAUAAAUAAUAAAAGCUAUGUAAACUUAAUUUAAAAGUAGAUGAGAGUUAAAGUCCUAUUUCGUGUCACAAACCUGUAUGUUUGACCCAUCCCCCUCUAUACCCUGGGGGAGGGGUGAGCUGCAGACACAGCUGCAUUCAGGAAUCUUUUAGUUGUUUAACCUCCCUCAUUUAACCCAUUUUUCCCCGAGUAUUUAGUGUCUUUGGUGUGACUUGGCUUGGAUCUCGGGGAAAACACUCUUUGACAAGGCCACUAAGAUUUUGGUGAAAAUGUAUUCAAUGGUUUGGCAUUUAAAGAAAACCUAAGUUGGAGUAUAAAGUUAUAAAAACAGACUUAAAUGACUUUUAAAAUUGUCUAAAAAAUUCCAAAUAAAUGGAGAAAUGUAGAAAAAUAAAAAAAUAUCAACAAAAAAAGUGAGCAGUUUGGAUAAAAAGCUUCUUUCAUUUUUUUAACUUUGACCCACGUGACCUCAUAGCUCUUUUUCUUCCUUAUUCUUGCUCAAGCUUUAUCAGGUCACCAGUGAGACCUGAAGUGCCCACACCAAAGAGGAAGUGAUGCGGCAAUGAAACAACAAAUUUCCUGAGUUUCUGGAGAAUGUCACUGUGAACUGUUACUACUGUUGAUUAUUGUAAAUCCUGUUAGAAUAAGUGUAGCUUUUGGCAGCAGAAAAAUGUUCUAUAUCAUCUUAUUUCCCAUUAUCGUAUUAAUGUUUCUAAUAUAUAAUGA